AUGCCAACAAGUUAUCGAUCAAUCGAUUUCCGCUUGUCCCUUCGCUCCUCCAAUUAUCCGCCUGACUUCGGAGUCAUCUACGCCGAAGCGUACAGACUGCAAGGCCAAGAGAGACCCUGUGGGGCUCCUCCCCCGCUCUGCGGGGCCUGUAGGGUGUCUGCAGGUGUUCGCAGGAGAAGGCCUCAUGUUGGGCUCGACCUGCGUGCUCUCUUCUCCCAAAGGGCAAGCAAACAAUUCGGAACGGCGAACAUGCUCUACAACGGAUGUACAUUUAUGACUCGAAGGUCUCGGAAGGCCCGAGGAUGUGGGCACAGUCUCAGAGAAGCGGGCAUCACAUCAUCCAUCGAAUUUGUGAUGGCAAGACGUUUUGUGGUCAUGACCUCCUCCCCCCCAAUAACAGAGAACCAGAUCACCCUCAGCCUCUUCCAUCGAGUAUCCUUCCAGUCUGAUCAUCUCAAAUUCGAGAACUAG